AUGGGAGUCCUCAAACUCCACGGCCACCCUUACUCCGGGGCCACACUGAGGGUCCUCUCAGUCCUCCACGAGAAAGGCCUGGAGUUUGAGUUCGUCCCCAUCGACCUCGCCACCGGCGAGCACAAGAAGGAGCACUUCCUCUCCCUGAACGUAAUCUCGUUCCCUCAUCCUUCUUCCUUCUCCCCUUCACGUUCGUUCCUCGAUUCAACUGACCUCGUUCCCCUCCCCGCUGACUUCUUUCGCAGCCCUUCGGCCAGAUCCCAGCCUUCGAAGACGGAGAAAUCAGGAUGUUCGGUAAAUUCCUCCCUGUCAAUGAAUGAUACUUCCAGGCCCUCCCUUCUCUUUGAUUCCUCUGGUCUCAGCUUCUGAGAUCCGCUCGCAGAGUCGAGGGCGAUAACGCAGUACUUGGCGCACGCCUACGCUGACCGUGGCACGGAGCUGCUGUUCAAGGAGACGAAGAAGAUGGCGGAGAUGUCCGUCUGGGCGGAGGUGGAGGCCCAGAAGUUCGACCCCCCGGCCUCUAAGGUGGCCUUCGAGCUGAUCUUCAAGCCCAUGAUCGGCGGCGGCGCCGCCGACGAGGCCACGGUGGCAGAGCAGCAGGCGGCGCUCAGCAAGGUUCUGGAUGUCUACGAGGCCCGCCUGGCAGGGAGCAGCUACCUCAGCGGCGACAGCUUCGGCCUCGCUGAUGCUCACCAUCAGCCCCUCGUCCACUACCUCUUGGGCACCACGGCCAAGGCCGCCUUUGACUCUCGCCCCUACGUCAGCCGAUGGGCCGCCGACAUCCUCUCCAGGCCCGCUUGGGUCAACGCCCUGGCGCAGCAGAGCAAUGCUCCUUGA